UGUCUGUGUCUGUGUCUUUUAAAGAUUUUUCAAAAACUAUUGUAUAUCUAGAGAGCUGAACUCGUUUCGUUGAAUACAGAUUCCCGUUAUGUUUCGUCGAUUAUAAUAGUAAGCCAGCACAUGCAAUUUUCAACACGUUUAGUGGCACGAGUCAACACUGCUGCCAGGGUCUUAAGCUACUUGUAAUACGAUACAUGACCAUUAACUAUAAAAUUGUCUGGAUUUGGAGGGGCUUCAAAUUCAAAGAUGGAGACCAAACACAAAUCGUCUUCACAUUUGCAUGUUGUCUUCACUGUAAUUAACUUUCUGUUGCUUAUUGCAUCGGUACUCUUAUUGGGGUAUACUUUACAAUCGCAAAAAAGUGACAUAACACAUGCACAGAACAAAAUCAAGGUCUUACAACAACAACUACGUGACAUUCAUUCCCUCAGUAUGUCUGCUCCGAGGGCUCUUCCACGACAAAAAAGACAGACGUGGUGGCAAAGACGACGGCAACAAGAACUUGAGCGCCGUCAACAGCUAGAGCAACAGAGACGUCGACAACAGAAGUUACAAAGACGACGUCAGAAAGAACUCGCUCGUCGAAGACAACUGAAACUACAACAAAAGAGACAAGGACGACGGCAACAAGAACAAGUGCGCCAACGACAGCGAGAGGUACAGAGACGUCGACAACAGGAGUUACAAAGACGACUUCAGCAAGACCUCGCCCGUCGAAGACAACUGGAACUACAACAAGAACUAGUGCGCCAACGACAGCGAGAGCUACAGAGAUGUCGCCGACAGGAGUUACAAAGGCGACUUCAGCAAGAACUCAUCCAUGGAAGACUACAACUGGAACUACAACAAAAGAGACAAGGACGACAGCAACAAGAACAAACACAAACCGGUACGACGACGUGGUGGCAAAGACGACGGCAACAAGAGAUCCAGCGAAGACGGCAACAAGAACUUGCGCGCCGUCGACAGCUAGAGCAACAGAGACGUCGACAACAGGAGUUACAAAGACGACGUCAGCAACAGAUCGCUCGUCGAAGACAACAAGAACUGAUAAGACAGCAGCAAUUAGCUCGUCAACAGCAAUUGAAAAAACAGCAGGAGUUAAAACGACAACAAGAACUUAAAAAACAACAAGAGCUCAAAAAACAACAAGAAUUGAAAAAAAAGCAAGAGCAAAAACAAAUUGGUACAGGGAAAGUAACGCAAGUCGAACCAAAACUAAAUGGGACUCAUACUGCAAAUAGGACAACAGUUGCCAAGUCAACAGCCACCAAUUUGACGGCGUUGAUAAAAGUGAAUGAAUUCUGGGAUGCUAUUUCUAAACAACCAUUAACAACAAGAUGCAAAAAGGUCAUCAAGGAAAAAGAUUACAUAGUUUGUGUAAAAGCUGAUGGUAAGAAUAUCACCAUUGAUCCGCGUGGACGUCGAAUCAUCAACGGAACUGUUGAUUUAGGCACGGUUACUUUUUAUAAAGGCAGUGUAAACCUGAUUGGCGCCAGACGUGGUGUAAGCGUUGCUACUCGGAGAUACGUCCAGGCUUACUUUAAAAGCCUUUUUGGUUCUAGAGCGCCAACGAAGGAACAGUUUGAACAACUCCUGGCGACAAAGUCCAAACCAUUACUUCAUCAAAGAGAUACUUCUGGAUUUGAAGAGGCUUCAAAGAUGGAGACCAAACACAAAUCGUCUUCACAUUUGCAUGUUGUCUUCACUGUAAUUAACUUUCUGUUGCUUAUUGCAUCGGUACUCAUAUUGGGGUAUACUUUACAAUCGCAAAGAAGUGACAUAACACAUGCACAGAACAAAAUCAAGGUCUUACAACAACAACUACGCGACAUUCAUUCAAUCAGUAUGUCUGCUGCGCGGGCUCUUUCACGACAAAAAAGACAGACGUGGUGGCAAAGACGACGGCAACAAGAGCAGCAGCGAAGACGGCAACAAGAACUUGCGCGCCGUCGACAGCUAGAGCAACAGAGACGUCGACAACAGGAGUUACAAAGACGACGUCAGCAACAGAUCGCUCGUCGAAGACAACAAGAACUGAUAAGACAGCAGCAAUUAGCUCGUCAACAGCAAUUGAAAAAACAGCAGGAGUUAAAACGACAACAAGAACUUAAAAAACAACAAGAGCUCAAAAAACAACAAGAAUUGAAAAAAAAGCAAGAGCAAAAACAAAUUGGUACAGGGAAAGUAACGCAAGUCGAACCAAAACUAAAUGGGACUCAUACUGCAAAUAGGACAACAGUUGCCAAGUCAACAGCCACNAAUUUGACGGCGUUGAUAAAAGUGAAUGAAUUCUGGGAUGCUAUUUCUAAACAACCAUUAACAACAAGAUGCAAAAAGGUCAUCAAGGAAAAAGAUUACAUAGUUUGCGUAAAAGCUGAUGGUAAGAAUAUCACCAUUGAUCCGCGUGGACGUCGAAUCAUCAACGGGACUGUUGAUUUAGGCACUGUUACUGUUGACAAAGGCAGUGUAAACCUGAUUGCCGCCAGACGUGGUGUAAACGUUGCUACUAGGAGAUACGUCCAGGCCUACUUUGAAAGCCUUUUUGGUUCUAGAGCGCCUACGAAGGAACAGUUUGAACAACUCUUGGCGACUAAGGUACAAAAAGAGAUAUCUAAAAGACUUCAAAAAGGGCUGAUUAUUACCCCAAACACAACAGUUACAGGCCCUCCGGGUACCCGGCCACAGGUUGUAAGCCCAGCGAUCACGAAGGCGCAAAUCAUCGCUAUCGCCGGCGCGCCUGGACCGAGGGGAUUUCGAGGACCUCGAGGCUAUCGUGGAUCUCGUGGCCGCCAUGGGAGAACGGGAAAGCCUGGGCUUGCCGCCAUUGUAGGACCUGAUGGGAAAGUGCAAUGGAUGUCGGGAGAUAAGGCAAGGUUGAUGGUUUUCAAUCGUAUGGGGAAAAGAACCCCAGGCUCGUCCAGAGACAGCGUGACGUUAAGUGGUGUUCCUAUUCACUUGUCUGGACCGAGAGUCCAGCCUAAACCAGCACCAUUUCUUCUGGCUGCAUCAUCAAAAACAUUUAAAGAUUUUGUUACUCCUAACAUCACAUCUAGACCCAACAAGACAGUGAUUGUCAGAGAAGGAACCAAAGUCCAACUAAGAGUCGAGGCGGUGGGUCGUCCUGAACCCGAUACGUUUUGGAUCAAUGAAGCCACUAGUCAAGCAACGUUUGGUAGUACAAUGACGAUUAAAAAUGCGACGGUAGAGGACUCUGGGACUUACACGUUUAAAGCCAARAAUGCCAUGGGUGGAGCUACGGCUAAAGUCGAACUUAUUGUUGCAUCCCGUCCACGAAUAACCAAGGCACUUCCUAAAGUCACUUUCGCUUACAAUAAGUUGACAACAAUAGUUAAAUGUCCAAUAGAAGGUCAUCCCAAACCAAAGAUAAUCUGGGCAAGACAGGGCAACAAACCGAUUCGCCCUCCGAGGCUUAAAAUUCUCGACGAUAAUUUAUAUAUCGCAAAUCCUAUUAAGGCUGAUGGAGGGUUUUAUGCAUGCCGUGGAUCGAAUGUACUGGGAAAUGUUAUGUCCGUGACUAGAAUAAUCCCGAGAAACUACGUCCCUCUUCGUCCGAUGAACCUAAUGCCGCCCAAACUGACGGUGAAGGACAUAAGUAAACCACUAAAACUGAACUGCUCUGCUUUUGGCGAACCUAAGCCAAACAUCACAUGGUUGAAAGAUGGCAAACCGAUCAAAUCAAAGACUUUGAUUCUACGUCCACGGACAGCUAAUCAAUUACCAUUGUAUACACAACAAUUGACGAUAGACGAGAUUUCAUCCAAGGAUGAAGGAACUUACACUUGCAAAAUGGAAACAAGUAUAUCACCAACACCCGUUCAGUACAACACCGCUGUCAAUCUUUAUCAAUGCACAGAGCUACACGCUCCAGCCAAUGGUGUCAUGGUAGGCCAAGACAGAAGUGUUGGUGCAUGCGUCAAAUUUGCAUGUAACCCAGGGUGUUUGUUGUAUGGAUCACAGAUUCGCGUCUGCAACAAGAACGGAAGAUGGACCGGGACACCACCAGUCUGUUAUGACGUUGGUGAGGUUGCAUUCGAGUGCCAUCACUACAACAUCCUUGAAGAAGGAGACCGAAACAUCUUCGCGCAAAAGGCUAUGGGUAAAUGUGACAAAAAUCUUGCGGAGGGCUGGUACCGCUUUGGAGGCGACGCAGGUCGUAUGAUGCCAACGUCAUGUCAGAUUGGAGGGCGCUGCAACGCGGAUUUUCCCGGCUGGCUUUACGGGAUGCAUCCUCGUAAAGACGACGGCUGUAUUGAAACACACGUUUGCUUUGGCGAUUCUAUCAAAAACAACUGUUGUGCAUAUAAACUACCUGUGCUGGUCCGUAACUGUGGCACGUUUUACGUUUAUAAAUUGAAACCAACUAGCGCUUGUAAAAUGAGGUAUUGCGCUAUGGACUAGUCAAUAGAUCGUGGCAUUUCAGUGAAUUAACCUUUGUAAUUAUACAGUCAAAUACUGUAGUGGAUAGCAGCAAGACUAUGAGUAUUUUUGGGUUGUACUCUGGGCAGUCUACGUCAUUUCCUAGGGCAUGUGCAUAGGUUGGUUCCGGAAGCCUCCAUUCCUUGGAAGACGAAGUCUUUAAAAACUUUAUUUGCCACAGUCAAUAAUAGGGUAAUAAAUUUUAGGAUAGACCUCAGUUAGUUCGGUGUGGAUCUACGACAAUAUUCGUGCAAUUUUGCAGUGAAUCACCUUUCUCACAGAAACCAUAAAACAAAGCUGGAACUCCCUCAUGAAAGGGCCACUGCACACGCCCCUGCUCUGAAAUUAACGUUUAAAACUACCAUAACAUGUAUAAGUGUAUAAAAAAACUCAUAAUAAUAAUUACUGUCGUAAUUGACUUACGACAGUAUUUCCAUAGCUUAAGAGCAUGCGUAAUAAGAGCAUGCGCAAUGAUUUGCGUGCGCAUCCCACAUCGCUCAGUACCUCUUUUCGUAUGUAGUUCUUUACGUCCUAAACACUAAUUAGAUAAAAGUGCUGAUCAAUAUAAGCUUCCUACUUCGUUGUAAAAUGUCUUAGCGGACCUUACACCGCCUAUGAACAUUCCAAACGAGCACCUCACAAGCCACUAAUGAAUUAAACUCAAGGAUCAGGGCGUGCUAUCCCAAUACUCGUUUGUCGAUGUUUUGAACGUUUCAAUUUUAAUCCAGUAUUGUGUUAAGAUAAAGAAUCGUUGCACACGAGUAGAAAAUUUGAUCUUC